UUGAAAGUAUAUUUUUAAGUAGUGAGAUGAAUAUAAUGUGCGAUAAUAGUGUUCAUUGACGAACCUUACGCAAAUGACUGGAAAAAAUAUUUAUACCGCACAAAUAGACAUCUUAGGACAGAUUUUCCAGCGUUAUAAAUUAAAACUAGCAUUUUCAAAUCAUGCCGGAUAUUAAAAACGUUAUAGAAUUGCUAUGUAAACAUUUGAAUUUAUCAAUUAAAGUGGCAAUUCAACCGGAAUAUUUUAGGUUAUCUAAAUAUAAUAAUACAACGCAAAAAUCUGAUACAUUAUGGACUAUGUUACACAUAUUAAGUUUUUAUGCGGCAAAAGAAAAACAAAAUGACAUAUACUUUGAGGAAUAUGAUAAAUUAUUUGCUACAAAAUUAUAUUUUGCUUUUUUGCAAUAUCCAGAAAUUGAAUUUUAUGGUUUAUCAGAAAGCUGCCAUAACAAUAGAGUACUUCUAUUAGCAUUUGCAUGGCUUUUAGCGACACAAAAUGUUUUGAGUAUUGUAGUACGUGUCAAUUUGACAUCUAGUCUUUUAGGAAGAGAAUGUUCAUACCCUAAUAUAUCUUUGAAAGAAGUACCUAGAGUAGAAACGUCAUGCUCUGUACAUACACAAAUAAAAAAUAUUAUCCAUCACAAUAGUAAAGUAAAUUUUAAUAUUAAACAUAUAUCCGAAUUAAUUUGCAAAAAAGUAAAAUUGUUAAAUAAAGUUCAUGGUGCUAGCAUGAAUUUUGAUCAUCUUGUACAUAUGAAUGUAAUGGAAAUCGCAUUUAUAAAACAAUUAUUAGCCCUACAUACAGAUUCAAAUUUUAAUCAAUAUAAACAACAACAGUCAGAUUUGCGUGCUAUUGGUGUGAUGUUGGAUAUACACUUAAAAUGGAUGGAAAAAGAACAUCUAUUUUAUGAUUGGAUGAUAACUGUGAUCAAGGAAUAUGAGAAAUCUACAGAUAUUAAUAUAAAUAGAAUAAAUUGGGAUGAAAUUGGUAGUUUCAUUUCUUUGUUAGAACAGAUCAUAAAAAAAAAAUUAUAUUCCGUUUGCUCAGAAAAAACAGAAGACAGUCUGGAAUGUUAUAACACUUUCCAAUGUACAUCUCGUUUAUUAAGAACAUCCGAUGUCAAAUGCGAAGUUAAUAAAUGGUUAAUGGAUGUAACCAUUCAACUGAAUCAAGUAAAAGAAACACUUGCAAAAAAUAAAGAAGAACUCGCAUUACAAUUGAAAAAUAUAUUAAUGAUUGUGCCAUUGUGUAUUCAAGUUUAAUACUGCUAUAGUAUUUUUUUAAGAAGUAUAUAUACAAUUAUAAUUUUUAAUGGAUUCUUAUAAAGAUACCAUGCGUCAAAUAGAUCUCAUUUAUAAGAAAAAAAUAUUAACAAAAACUAAAAAAAAUCAAAUCCCCAUUUAGACUUGAUUAAUAUAUAUUAAACAGAAAUUUAUCUAAAUGUCACGAUGUGGGAGUUGUUAUCAGGUCAAUUACACCGAACGAUGAAAUAAAAACGUUGAGAACCGUGACGAGAAAUAUA